AUGAGGACUAUAUCAGAUGACGCGUCCAAGUUCACUUUGAGGGUCCCCACGGGAUCUAGUAUCGAAACAGUCCUCGGCCAGCUCAAGAGCCUGCAGGGACAAGAGACCCACCAAUCCCUCACCUCUCAUGAAUCGGAUGCGGCAGUCAUCCUAACAACGCCUGAAUUCUCCAGGUGGCUGACAAAUGAAGCAUUCAUGAGCGGCCUCCUCUCCUCGUUUGCCAGCCACGACACCCAGGUCCUCGCUGCCGUCGUGGAUGAUCUGAGUCCCUCGAGCCCGUUUGGAACGCCUGCGACCGGCUUCUCCGUCAUGCGCGGCUCUGCAGACAAGAUGCUGCCUGGCUUCAGCACACGAUCCAGCCUCUCCCGGACGACCGGUCCGCCGCAGCGCGGGAGCCUUUCCUUCUACCUGCCCAGCGCCGAAUCCGUGUCCGCCACCAUCCCCCUCGCCAACACCAUUUUCCAAAACGGCCUCGAGUCCACCCUCCUAGCCUCAAGCUGGUCCGUGCAAGAACCCGGCGUCUUCAAACUCUCGGCCAUCGCCGAAAAGAGUCGCCACGGCAUCGUUUGCGCCGCGCAGGCCUCCCCGGCCUCGGCCUGUCGCGAGAUCGAGGUCGACGGCGCCCCGGUCCCGGCCUCCACAGAACUGGAAGCCAGGGUCCAGCACGUUUACGAUAACCGCGCCGCCGCCGACAACCUCUCCACGUCCGGCAUGCCCGUCGAUAUAUGGGCGCUGAUAUCCACCCCCGAGGCGGCCUCCACACCCUCCGUUCUCGAAACCAUGCGGGCGCUGCGGACUUCCAGCUUUGACGGACCAGAAGAGGAAGCCGCAGCUGCCUCCGCAAACGCCAAAACCGCGGCUGAGCUUCUCAUGUCCGGCUUCCGACUUUACCGCAUUAGUGAUGGGGGUGGUGGUUGGGGCAAGCGCCGUGGUCGUCUCUCCCUCGAUGCAGAAUGGGCCUCUUCCGACCCCGCUGCCGACAACCUCGACAUGAUGCUCUCCUCUGCAGAUGACGCUGGCCCGGCCAUCCUUCAGCGGGGUGUCGUCUCUCCCGGAUCCUACAUCCAGUUUGUCACUGCGCCGAACCUUGGAAACUUGGCAGAUCCCAUCGCGUCCCCCUCCUUCCUGACCUCCGUCGUCUUGGGGACCUCCUCAUCCCUUGGAGAUGGUGUUCCGUCCAAAACAAACCCUGGGGAAGAUUUCGCCUGCCUCCGCGGCCACUUUGGCGGUCUUUCAAGGAAGCACCUCUUCCUCACGAACCAGGACGCCACGAGUUCGUCGCAGUCACGGUCCCGCGUGUUCACGCAGAUUGACAGCCCGUAUUCAUACAUCACAUUAUAA